AUGCAGAGGAACUGCUCGCUCAUCUAUCUCACCCUUUUCUGGAUAGGAGUCAUGUCAGCUGUCCAGUUGGAACAAGACCAAGAAGUGACUGUGUUCUUGGCGAUGUCUGCCACCCUCAGGUGCUCCUUGGAGGGAGAAACGAUCAGUAACUACUAUAUCAGCUGGUACAGGCAGACCGAGGGUAACACAAUGACUUACAUACACCGAGAAGGGGGAAUGUAUGGCCGUGGUUUCUUCGGCAAGUUCCGGGCUAGCAUUAAUAGUUCAAGCAACAAGGCUGAGCUUGAGAUCCUUAAAGCAUCAGAAAGAGAUGAAGGAAUUUACUACUGUGCCAGCGACUACCACCCUGCUGCUGGCCCACUUCUGAGCAGCUCAAAAACCAUAGAGAUCUAUGUAGAGCAGCAAUUCCAACAAGAUCAUGAUUUCCUCUUUAAUAAAUAG